CAGUGUCAGUAUUUCCCCAAAUAUUCUUCCAAAUACAACAGUUGCCGGUCUUAAAAAUAUGAUUAGAAAUAACGUUCCUUAUAAUGAUUUUGAUCUCUACGUAAAUGAUACCUUCCGAGAU